AUUAACAGCUGUGCUCGUUCUUAUGUUCCCCUUGUUUUGUAAACUACUAGUACACGUAGAGGGACAUCAAGCUCAAACUAACGCCAUCGGAUCUAGCGGAAUCGAUCAACACUCCUUGCUCACAAAUGAACGUCCUGAAAGUCGUUUGCUUGGCGCUUGGCGUACUGUUGGCGAGCGGUGUCCUGCUGGCGAGUCCCCUGGGCGACGGAUGCCUCUUGAAGUACGAGGUGUACAAGGAAUGCGAGAGUAGCAGAUGCGCCGAGUGGAAGUGCUCAUACCUGUACUAUGGAUGGCCCCGACGCUGCACACGUGACUGCAUAAACGGAUGUUUUUGUCGAGAAGGGUACUUCAGAAAUUCUGCCAAGCGAUGCGUGUUAGGGUACCACUGCUUCAAAGAGUACACUCUUUACCAGGCAAAAUUAGGCGAGUAAAGCGCACGACACCAUCGAGAGAGUGAAUUCUGUGGCAUUUCACUUGGGCGAACUGAGAGAAAAGAAGAAAAAAAACUUUCUGGCGAUGGCCAAAGUUAAGAAAUAAAGCUCAUGUCGGUAAAGUUGGGCUCGGAGAAUCACGCCGUAAAAUGCACUCUGGUUUGCUGCCAGAGAAGGAUGUGUGCUUCUUUUCUGGAUUGUGCAUGAUAAUGCAGUAGUUUCGCUUUUCAUUUCUCUUUUGCAUCUUGGUGCUGGUGCAUAUCUUUGGUUUAUCGCUUCUCCGCUCGCAUUACUCUGCGCGAUUUAGAAAUCAGCUUUCACCUAUGAGUUCUCCCUAUCAUAGCGUUCAUGUCC